GAAUUGUCAACAGAGAGAGAGAGCGAGAGAGCUUUCUCUUUAGAUCCAAUCAUGGAGCCAACUACCACUCCUCUGCUCCCCGGUGAUCGUGGCCGAUGCGGGUGGCUCCGCCGUCGUCUCCGCCUCAAAAACCCUCUCUCUUCUGAACUCUCCGGCGCUGUCGGUGAUCUCGGCACCUUCAUCCCCAUCGUCCUUACACUAACUCUAGUCUCCAAUCUCGAUCUCUCCACCACUCUCAUCUUCACAGGUUUCUACAACAUCGCCACCGGUCUCCUCUUUGACAUCCCUAUGCCCGUCCAGCCCAUGAAAUCCAUCGCCGCCGUCGCUGUCUCCGAAUCCCCACACCUAACUCCUUCUCAGAUUGCCGCCGCCGGAGCAUCCACUGCCGCCACGCUUCUCCUCCUUGGCGCCACCGGAGCCAUGUCUUUCCUCUACAACCUCAUCCCUCUCCCAGUCGUACGCGGCGUCCAGCUUUCUCAGGGUCUUCAGUUCGCCUUCACCGCCAUCAAAUACGUCAGGUUUAAUUACGACGCUGCUACUCUCAAACCCUCUUCUUCUCCUCGUACUUGGCUUGGCCUCGACGGCCUUAUCUUGGCUCUAGCUGCUCUGCUCUUCAUCAUUUUGUCCACCGGCUCUGGCUACGACAGAGACGCCGAAGAUGGAGAUCUUGCCGAGACUUCCAGCAACCAAAGCCAGUCUCGGAGGAGGAGACUGCGUCUUCUGUCUUCGAUUCCAUCUGCGCUAAUCGUCUUCGCAAUCGGGUUGGUGCUCUGUUUCAUACGCGAUCCGUCCAUUUUCAAAGACCUUAAAUUUGGUCCAGCGAAGUUCCACAUUCUGAGAAUCAGUUGGGAUGAUUGGAAAAUCGGGUUUGUGAGGGCAGCGAUUCCUCAGAUUCCACUCUCUGUACUGAACUCAGUGAUCGCCGUUUGCAAACUAUCCAACGACUUGUUCGACAAGGAACUCUCCGCGACUACAGUGUCCAUCAGCGUUGGGGUGAUGAACUUAAUCGGGUGCUGGUUUGGUGCUAUGCCUGUCUGUCACGGUGCUGGCGGGUUAGCUGGGCAGUACCGGUUCGGGGCAAGGAGUGGAUUGUCUGUUAUCUUUCUCGGGAUUGGGAAACUGAUUGUGGGUCUGGUGUUUGGAAACUCGUUUGUAAGGAUUCUGAGCCAGUUUCCGAUUGGAAUUUUGGGGGUUCUGCUGCUAUUCGCGGGGAUCGAACUGGCAAUGGCUUCCAAAGACAUGAACACCAAAGAAGAUUCCUUCAUCAUGUUGGUCUGCGCCGCUGUGUCGAUGACCGGCUCGAGUGCCGCCUUAGGAUUUGGGUGUGGAGUUGUUCUUUACUUGUUACUGAAGCUAAGAACAUUAGACUGUUCUUCGGUUACUCUGUUUUCCCAGUCAAAUGAUGGAUCGCGGGACGAUUCCGAAGCCGCUCCUCGCGCGGUCUAAAUCACUCUGAUGUGUGGCAGCUUCGAGUGCGUCUUCUGUCUUCGAUUCCAUCUGCGGUCAUCGGGUUGGUGCCCUGUUUCAUUGAGUGUAUUGAGAUGUGAAACCAUUAAUCAAUGUUUUUUUUUUUUUUGACAAUCCCAUUAAUCAAUGUUUUCAUUGCUCAACUUUGUGCUUAAGAUUAUAAUAAACUGGUAUGAUUAAG